CCCCCCCCCUCCCGGUACCGCGUCCCGAGCGAUGGCGGCGAACCGCGUGGGGCGGCGGCAGGGGCGGGGGGGUUCCCCGGGUCGUUCCCUCGGUACCCGAAGACCCCAACCCCCAACCCGCAGUCCCGGACUCCAACGGCGACCGGCCAGGGUCACGGUCAAGUACAACCGGCGGGAAUUGCAGCGGCGGCUGGAUACCGAGCAAUGGAUCGACGGGAGGCUGGAGGAGCUCUACCGGGGACGGGAGGGGGAGAUGCCGGACGAGGUGAACAUUGACGAUCUCCUGGAGCUGGAGACGGAUGAAGAACGAGCCCAGAAGCUGCAGGGCAUCCUGAAGUCCUGCACUGCCGACACCGAGGAUUUCAUCCGAGAGCUCCUCGCCCAACUCAAGGGUUUACCGAAGCAACAAGUCCUCCAGAGACCCAGCCCGGAGGAUCCCAAUCCACCCCCCCCGUGACACACACCCCCCCCACGCGUGAUCGUGGAAGGGGGGGUGGGUGUCACCCACCUCCAGCACCCAUAAAGGGGUGUCCUACCCCCCCCCCCCCAGCACCCGCUGUACAGUAUUUAAGCCCACCCACCGUGUAAAUCCUUUAACCCCCCCCCCCCCCCGAAAUAAAACCUCGCUGCGUCGCAUGGGUGGGGGU